AAUCUUAUUCCUACUUUUUCAUCCUUCGGAUACCACCCUAAAUGUCAUCUCUGGGAGGACAUCCUGGAUUCCUUCCCCCAGGCUAGGGUGGGUCUGUUUCUUGAUCCUCUCUCAGCAUCCUGUGGUCACUAAAUGAACACAUGCCCUUAUCUAUUUAAAGCCUGCUUCCCGUAUAGUUUCAUGAAGGGAGGAGCUGGUUCUCUUUUUUACUCCCAAACUGGCUGCAGAGCCUGGUAGCAAAGUAGCUAAUAGCCAUCACCCUGGACUCAGACCUGGCUCAACCCCUGGUGCUGCCCUGGCCAGCUGUGUAACUAUGGGCCCCACUGUCCUCAUCUGUAAUACGGGCAUAAAGAUUUAGGUGUCUUUGCUGCCUACAACUACAUUCUCUUCAUCCUUCAGGUCACAGCUCAAAUACCACCUCCUCAGGAAAGCCUUUCCUGACCACCCCCCCCCUUUCCCCCAGCAGUUGUGAAAGAAAGGCAGUUAAGUAAUCAUUUGAGUAAAUUUAAAUUGAAUGACCCUCCAUCACCAGGAUGAGCCUUGUCAGGGCAAGGCCUGAGCCUAUCUUAGUCACUGCUGUGUCCUCAGCAUUGCCCAACACAGAAGAAAGGUUGAAUCUUUUAAGUAAUGGGAGCUUAAAAACAACUUUCAUUUAUGGUGCUCCUUUUCUGGGCCAGGUGCCAUGCUAAGAAUUUAUUUGCAUGUUUGCAUUUUAACCUGAAGGUACCCAAUGAAAAGCCGAUUUUAGGGGGUCUCCAUUUUUUCCUGAGAAGUUUAGGGACUUGCCCUAAAUUUGUCAGGGGCCAAUCCAGUCCACCUGAAGCCAGCCUCCGGCCAGAACUCCUGACUCCAACUACUGUUUACUAAAGAAUGGCCCAAAGACAAUUUUAGGCGAUAUGUGGAUGGCCUUUUUAACUGUUCUAUGGUUAUAUGUGUAUGUAGUUUUAUUUUGUAAAAAUGUACCUAGUACAUAAAACCCAUGAUCAUGCACAUAAUACUGCUUAGGAUGAGGCAAAAGUAAAUAGUGUUUGAUUCACAGGAGUCAACUUCAAGAAAAAUGUUAAUAAUACAGGUGGUAAACAAAAUGGUGAAGCUGAGUCUGAAAUUUGGGUAACAUAAAAUCAGACCUGCUAUGGUUGCAGCGGGAUGAGGGAGAGUGGGGGCAGGCAUUCCCUGAUUAGUUUGAAAACUACUAAUGAAUGCAACCCUGGCAAGUCAUUCAAAUAUUUUUAAGCGCUUAACACAGACCCAGGCCUAGAGAGAGGAAGAGGCUGAUGUGGGUUAGAAGCUGGAGACCUGUCUCUCCUCCACAUGCCCCCUCUCCAAGCCUGCCCUGCAGUGUUCCAUCGCCAGGAAGAAAAAAACAUGGGGGUCGCCAAAGCCUGCUUGGGCCUAUCAGGUAGUGAGCACCCAAGGUUGGAGAAAGGUGGUCUGGUUCUCGCUCUCCCCAGAAACUAUGUUGCCAUCUCUGGCCUCCUUUCCGCCCCCCCAAAUUGGUGAGCCCUAGAGGGUGUAAGGACCCUCUCACCCGGUGCUCGAAAAGAUCCCCCAGAAAUUGAGGCGGGGGGGGGGUUAUGGACAGCCAGCGGGAAUCGGGAAGGCCUCCCCCAACCUCCUAGACAGCGGAAGUGCGUCAGUUUGUUCGCCCCGUAGAGCAUUUUGGGAAUUGUAGUGAAGUUGGGGUGGGGGGGCGGAGAAACUGACAGUGUAACCCCUUGGAGACCAGAGCGCGCCCGCAGAGCUGGAAGAGAGGGGCGCUCGACCACUCCUUUUAACAGAUAAAGCAACUGAGGCUGAGACCGUCAGUCCUCUCCUUUCUCCGGCUUUUGUUGGCCCCAGUCAGAGGCUUAUAUCCAAGAUCCUGGGCAAGACGAAGUGCCAAGUGGACGGUCCUGCCCAACACUAAAUUGACAGCUUCCCUUCCCCCCACCCCCGAAAACGUCCAAUUAAGGCCCCUCCGCCCCGCCCCAGGAGCUGCUGCCUUCGUAACCGGUCAUUGGCCCACCUUUGAAGGGCGGGGAACUGAGCCUCAGAGAAGGCAAGACUUGUCUAAAGCUGCAAAGCAAGUCGGAGCAGAGACUGGCCGCCCGGAAGCCAGUCCGCCCGCUACACUUUCUGAAUACGUGGUGGCUCUCACCAUUCGUAUCACAUCCCCGUCCCCAACCCUUUUGCUCGAGCUGCUUGGAGCCAGUCAAACUCCCUGCCCCCCCGGCGAGGAGGGGUAAAGGUUGCGCAGCGGAGAGGCUGUGAGCCCCUACCCUCCGGCAGCCGGCGGUCCCCUUUAAGAAACGGCCCCGGAGGGACUACGUUUCCCAGAAGGCUUUGCCGGCGCGUUAUGUAACUUUCCCUGCGUAGCGGCCUCUGGGGCAGAAGGAGGUGGAGGAGGCGGCGGCGGCGGCGGCGGCUGCGGCGGCAGUUGCAGCGGCAGUGGCGGGAGCGGCGGGAGCCCGAGGCGGCGGCGCCCGCGGCCUAUCGCGGGGCCCGAGCUGUGCGCCGCGCCCCGGAGCUCGGACCCGGCGGGAGCGCCGACGUGCCUCUGCUUGCCUUUGAGGAGGCGGGAGUGAGGAAAAAGGCUUGGGGCCCAGGGGGCGGGGAAGGGGGGCCGGGCCUGGAUCCGCGGGGAGGCCGAGCCAGAGGCCCGACCGUGGCUCGCGCGGUCCCGGGGACACGAAUCGAACGUUGGCGGCGCGGAUCGAACGUCGGCGGCGGGUGGAACGCGGGGGCUCGGAGGCGCGCGUGCGGGGGCUAUGGCGUCCGUGCAGGCUUCCCGCCGCCAGUGGUGCUACCUGUGCGACCUGCCCAAGAUGCCGUGGGCCAUGGUGUGGGACUUCAGUGAGGCCGUGUGCCGCGGCUGCGUGAACUUCGAGGGCGCGGAUCGCAUCGAGCUGCUCAUCGAUGCCGCCCGGCAGCUCAAGCGAAGCCACGUGCUCCCCGAGGGCCGCUCGCCGGGGCCCCCGGCCCUCAAGCACCCGACCACUAAGGACCUGGCAGCCGCCGCUGCACAGGGGCCUCAGUUGCCGCCUCCACAGGCCCAGCCCCAGCCGUCGGGGACAGGCGGCGCUGUCUCAGGCCAGGACCGCUAUGACAGGGCCACAUCGUCGGGCCGCCUCCCCUUGCCCUCGCCCGCCCUGGAGUACACCCUGGGGUCCCGCCUGGCCAAUGGACUGGGCCGCGAGGAAGCUGUGGCGGAGGGGGCGCGAAGGGCCUUGCUUGGCUCCAUGCCCGGCUUGGUGCCCCCCGGGCUGCUGGCAGCUGCGGUGUCUGGCCUGGGAAGCCGAGGUCUGACGCUGGCACCCGGCUUGAGUCCUGCCCGUCCAGCCUUCGGCUCCGAUUUCGAGAAGGAGAAGCAGCAGAGGAAUGCGGACUGCCUGGCAGAACUGAACGAGGCCAUGAGGGGCCGGGCAGAGGAAUGGCAUGGGCGCCCCAAAGCCGUGCGGGAACAGCUGCUGGCGCUGUCUGCCUGCGCCCCUUUCAAUGUCCGCUUCAAGAAGGAUCACGGGCUGGUGGGACGGGUGUUCGCCUUUGAUGCUACUGCCCGCCCGCCAGGCUAUGAGUUCGAGUUGAAGCUCUUCACCGAAUACCCCUGUGGUUCUGGCAACGUGUAUGCUGGAGUCCUGGCCGUGGCUCGCCAGAUGUUUCAUGAUGCUCUGCGGGAGCCGGGCAAGGCACUGGCCUCAUCAGGCUUCAAGUACCUCGAGUAUGAACGCCGACACGGCUCAGGGGAGUGGCGCCAGCUGGGGGAGCUGCUAACCGACGGUGUCCGCACCUUCCGCGAGCCAGCUCCCGCCGAGGCCCUGCCCCAGCAGUAUCCAGAGCCAGCCCCUGCAGCUCUUUGUGGCCCACCCCCACGAGCCCCAUCCCGGAAUCUGGCCCCCACGCCGCGCCGUCGCAAGGCGUCCCCUGAGCCCGAGGGCGAGGCAUCUGGGAAGAUGACCACCGAGGAGCAGCAGCAGCGGCACUGGGUGGCACCCGGUGGCCCGUUCUCUGCUGAUACCCCUGCUGUGCCCUCGCCAAUCGCCGCCCUGAAGAACGUGGCCGAGGCCCUUGGCCACUCCCCCAAGGACCCUGCAGGGGGUGGGGGCCCUGUGCGCACAGGGGGCGCCAGCCCCGCAGCCUCCUCUGCGGCCCAGCCUCCAGCCCAGCAUCGUCUGGUGGCCCGAAACGGUGAGGCAGAAGUUAGCCCCACAGCAGGGGCGGAAGCUGUUAGCGGGGGUGGUAGCGGCACUGGGGCGACCCCUGGGGCUCCCCUGUGCUGUACCCUGUGCCGGGAGCGGCUGGAAGACACCCACUUCGUCCAGUGCCCCUCAGUGCCCGGACACAAGUUUUGCUUUCCCUGCUCACGGGAGUUCAUCAAGGCGCAGGGUCCUGCUGGGGAGGUGUACUGCCCCAGUGGAGACAAGUGCCCGCUAGUGGGCUCCUCUGUCCCCUGGGCCUUCAUGCAAGGAGAGAUCGCCACCAUCCUUGCUGGAGACAUCAAGGUUAAGAAAGAACGGGACCCCUAGGCCACCACUGCCACGAGUCUACUGCCCAUCCGCCCCCCCCUUGCCACCCACCGCUGCUGCGGAUAAAUUAUUCCCACCCAGCCCAGUGCCUCCCCCGCCUGUGUACAUACCCCCUUCCUUAUCCCAGAUGGGUCCCCUCCUUAUCCCAGAUGGGUCCCCUGGGGUAGAUGCAUUGAGGGUGGGGGGAGAAAACUUGUGGCUUCUGUCCGAGGGGGUGUUUGGGGUCCCUUGACCCCUCCGGUUUCCCUCUCCCCUCCUUGGCUUGGCUUUGCUGCUGCUUGUAGUUGGAGGAGAGGUGUCCCCGCCCCUCCUUGAGAAGGGGCCUCCUGAAAUCUCGCUCUUUAUAAACGAAGCAAAAGCAUUUUAUUGCCCCUCUCCCCUAUCCCCUCUCCCUCCUUCAAUAAACCGAAAGAUGGGUUUUUUCCUUC